AUGUCGGGGCUGCGCGGGCUCACGAACUCCAAGGGGGCGCCCACGGCCUCCCGCGAGUUCGCGGCGUUCAUCAAGGCGAUCGGGGAGUGCAAGAGCCGCGCCGAGGAGGAUCGCAUCGUGAGGAAGGAGCGGGACGCGCUCAAGCAGGUGCUCACGUCUGGGCGCGUGGACCGCUCUCGCAUGCGCGAGCUCAUGACGAGGCUGAUAUACGUGGAGAUGCUGGGCCACGACGCCUCGUUCGGGCACUUCGCUGCCGUCAAGCUGUGCUCAGAUCCAUCCCUCCUGAACAAGAAGGCGGGCUACCUGGCGUCGACAGCACUGCUCGCCCCGCAGCACGAGCUCACGAUCCUGCUCAUCAACACCAUCCAGCGGGACCUCGCGAGCGACAACUUCGUCGUCGUGGCCACCGCGCUCGACGCCGUCUGCAAGCUCGCCUCGAACGAGACGGUGCCUGCCCUCAUGUCGCACGUCACAGGCCUCGUCGACCACCGGCAGGAACUCGUCCGCAAGAAGGUCGCCCUCGCGCUCCAGCGCUUCAUCCAGCUCAGCCCCGAGAACAUCUCGAGCGUGGACCAGUACCUCCGGAAGCUCCUCUGCGACCGCGAGCCGCCCGUCAUGGCCGCGGCGCUCAACGCCCUGCAUGACGCUGCGCUCGCGGACGCGGGUGCGCUCCGCCCGCUGGUGCCGUCGUUCGUCUCCGUCCUCAAGCAGGUCAUCGAGGGCCGCCUGCCGAAGCACACCGAGUACCGCAAGAUGCCCGCGCCGUUCAUCCAGGCCCGCAUCCUGCGCAUCCUCUCGCUGCUCUGCGCGGGCGACCGCGGGGCCUCCGAGCACGCGUACCACGUGCUCACGGACUGCAUGCGGCGCGCGCGGCUCGGCAACACCAUCUCCAACGCCAUCCUCUACGAAUGCAUCCGCACCGCCGCGCGCCUGUACCCCUCCGCGGCCACCCUCAGCGCCGCCACCGACGCCGUCGGACGCUUCCUCGCGCCGGGCGCCAACGCCAACCUGCGCUACGCCGGCAUCCGCUCGCUCAUCGAGCUCCUGCCGGCGGCGCCGCAGGCCGCGGAGCGGCAUCAGGUCGCGGUGAUCGAUUGCCUCGAGGCGCACGACGCAUCGCUCCAAGCGGUGACGCUCGAGCUGCUGGGGCGCAUGGCGACGCCGGACAACGUCGAGCCGAUCGUGGAGAAGAUGCUGGAGUACAUGCGGACGUGCGCGGACGAGAGCGCGCUGCACGACGUGGCGACGCGGCUCGUGGGGCUGGCGGAGCGGUUUGCGCCCAGCCUGAGCUGGCACUUGGAGGUGACGACGGAGGCGCUGUCGCUGGUCGGGGAGGAGCACGGGGGGCCGCUCGCGCACAAGCUGCGGGAGGUGCUCGCGCAGGGCGUGACGCAGGACCCGUCCCUGGCCGAGGCGGCCGUCGAGCUCUACCUCCCCUGGGUCCACCGCGCGCACCCGCCCGAGCACCUCCUCCGCGUCGUCUGCUGGGCGCUCGGCGAGUUCGGCGCCUGCAGCCCGGCGCCCUGUCGGGACGCGCUGUGCGACGUCCUCGCGAGCCGCACGACCAGCGAGACCGUCACGAGCCUCGCGCUCUCGGGCCUCGCCAAAGUCUGCUCCGCCUGCGACCUCACGCUCCCCACCGCGGCCACCGAGACGCUCUCCAGCCUCACGCGCGCACGCUCGACCGACCUGCAGCUGCGCGCGCUGCAGCUCCAGGCCGCGCUCGCGGCGCCCCCGGCCGUCAAGAAGGCCGUCGCGCCCAACGACGGCACCGAGGCCACGCUGCGGUCCGACAACGGCGCGCAGGACAUCCUGGCGUUCCUCGACAGCUACGUCAACGCGGCGCUGCAGAACGGCGCGAAGCCGUACCGCAAGCCCGCGCCACGCGACGCCGCGGACAGGCUUGCAGGCCACGAGCUGAAGUUCGAUGCCGGCGCCGCGGGCGCGCCGGCCGCGAGCGCGCCGACACGGGCGCCGCCAGCGGGCAGCGGCAACCUGUGGGGCGACGACCCGACGGCGGACCACAAGAAGAAACUUGCGGCGUCCUUGUUCGGUGGUAGAACUGACUCAGGCGCGCGAAGCGCGGCCGUGCCGGCGGCGAGGCCGAAGCCCGCGGCGCAGCCUGUCGUGCAGGACCUUCUCGACCUCGGCAUGGACGAGCCGGCGCCCGGGGCGCCCGAGGCGGAGGGCUCAGUUGCCCCGGCAACAGCCGACCCGCUCGGCGAACUGGCGGGGGUCGGCGCGGCGCCCGCGCCGCCGCAGAUCGCCGGCGCGGACCGCAGCCGGCCGCUUGACCUCGGGGAUCUCCUCGGGGACAAGACGGGGGCCAUGCAGAGCGUGGAGUCAAUGCCCGGGGGUGUCGUGGGGCAGCCGGCGGCGGCGCCGGGGGCGUUCCCUGGCGCGCCGGGGAUGUUCGCGCAGCCGCAGAUGGGGUACGGCGCGCAGGGGCUCGGCGGCGCGCCGCAGCCCCCCGUGUCGACAGCAGGUGCGGACACGCGGCGGUCCACGGGGGCUGCGGCGUCCGGACGGGCGGGGGCGGGGCGCGGCGGGAUGGCGAUGCGCGGGGGGCCUGCGGCGGGCGGCAAGAAGGACCCGUUUGCGGAUCUGCUUGGGUAG